UGCCCACUUUUUCUAUCGAUCUGAGGGAGAUUUCAGUUUGAUUCUUUGGAAAUUCGAUCUCUUGUCUUCCUUUUUUUUUCACCGUUUUCGAUCUUUUUUUUGCUCAUUUUCCCCCCCUUUUUUUUUACCGAAAAAUCGGUUUUUUAGAGUAGCAUUGGUCUUUAGGUUUUGUUAAGAUCAGACAUUUAGGGAUUUAACAAAUGGAGAGAUCAUUCUCUUUUGUCGGUGCGAAUCGAACGGCUCUGAUAUCUCGAUCCGGUCAACCACUGUGUUCGAUGCUGCAGUUGGUAGCUUGAGGACGGCGGGGGAGCGAUGGUGGUGAUCAACGUGCGGCGGUCGACGAUGGUGCGGCCGGCGGAGCCGACGCAGCGGCGGCGUCUGUGGAACUCUAACCUGGAUCUGGUGGUGCCGCGGUUCCACACGCCGAGCGUGUACUUCUACCGGCCGGACGGGUCGGCGGGCUUCUUCGACGCGGCGGUGAUGCGGCAGUCGCUGGCCCGGGCGCUGGUGCCCUUCUACCCGAUGGCCGGGCGGUUGGCCAGGGACGAGGACGGCCGGAUCGAGAUCGACUGCAAUGGCGAGGGGGUGCUCUUCGUGGAGGCCGACACCGACGCGGCGGUGGACGACUUCGGCGACUUCGCGCCCACCAUGGAGCUGAAGCAGCUGAUCCCCAAGGUGGACUACACCGACGACAUCGCCGCGUUCCCGCUUCUGGUACUUCAGGUGACGUACUUCAAGUGCGGCGGCGUGUCGCUGGGCGUGGGAAUGCAGCACCACGUCGCUGACGGCUUCUCCGGCCUCCACUUCAUCAACUCCUGGUCAGACAUCGCCCGUGGCGUCGGUGUGCGCGUGCAGCCCUUCAUCGACCGCACCCUCCUCCGCGCGCGCGACCCGCCCACCCCAUCCUUCCCCCACGUCGAGUACCAGCCUGCCCCUCCCUUAAAGACUGCCCCCUCCACACCGCCGACCUCGCCCCCCUCAGUCAACCCGGCCAAGCUGGGGUCCGUCGCCGUCAGCAUCUUCAAGCUCACCCGAGCCCAGCUGAACCUCCUCAAGGCUAAGGCGCCCCCGGGCGGCACCUACAGCACGUACGCCCUCCUCGCCGCCCAUGUGUGGCGGUGCGCGUGCGUGGCCCGUGACCUCCCGCCCGAUCAGCCGACCAAGAUGUACAUCGCGACCGACGGUCGGCAACGGCUGGUGCCGCCACCCCCCGAGGGCUACUUCGGGAACGUGAUAUUCACGGCCACGCCGAUGGCGGAAGCCGGGGAGGUGGCGGCGGCGGGGGGUGGGCCGGCCCCGACGGCGGGGACGAUCCAGGAGUCGCUGACGAGGAUGGACGACGCAUACGUGCGAUCGGCGCUGGACUACCUGGAGAUGCAGCCGGACCUGGCGGCGCUGGUGCGGGGCGCGCACACGUUCCGGUGCCCCAACAUCGGGCUUACCAGCUGGGUGCGCCUGCCCAUCCACGAUGCCGACUUCGGGUGGGGGCGGCCGGUGUUCAUGGGCCCCGGCGGCAUCGCCUACGAGGGCCUCGCCUUCGUGCUGCCCAGCCCCACAGCGGACGGCAGCCUCUCCGUGGCCAUCUCCCUGCAGCCCGACCACAUGCUCGAAUUCCGGAAGCUCAUCUACGACAUCUGAACGCCUGCAAACUCAAACGGGGGAAACUUUUGCUCCGGGUACGUUCGCUAUUACAUGCUCGAUCACCAUAAUAUCUAUAAUUAUGCUUUUGUAUGGAUUUAUCCACACCUGACUCAACUUGGGUGAUUUAGUUAAUACUUUUUUUUAUAUAAAUAUAUUAAUAUCUAAUGUUGAUGUUUCUUAAAAGUGGAUAAUGACUUUUAGAUGUACAAUGAUCCUUAGCUCUGAUCUGACAUGAGAUCGAUCUAUUACCCAAGAAAUUUGUUCUUCUUUUGCAUUCAAUAUCGAUAUAUUUAAAUUCA